UCUACGUCUGGUAGUUCGUCUAAACCGAAAAUGAAAAAGAGAAAGUAUUCCCGUGGUGGCUGUCGUGAGUGUAAAAGGCGGAAGAUGAAGUGUGACGAAGGAAAGCCACAUUGCCAUAACUGUUCCCGGCUACUGAAGGUCUGCGUCUAUGAACAGAAACAGAAGUUCCGAUUCGAAAACAUCCAGACCGGUGGAACUAAUGACGGCGAUGAAAAUCACACUCUGAACCAAGAGCAAGAUAAUGUCCACAAUAUUCAACAUCUUCAGAGUGUUCAAAAUCACAGUCACAAAAACCAGAACCAAAAGCAGCUCUCUCACGAACAAUUAAUACUGCCAAACGAUCAGAAUAUAAGCGUACGAGGAAUGAUUCCAACUAAUGGGAAUGCGAUUACUAUGCGAUCCCAGCCGAGGACUCCCGGAUACAAUUCCAAUACCUCGUCGCCCUACAACAAAAGAGUACCGUUCAAGAACACUAUAUCAGAUAUACUUACUCCUACGGAAGACGGAGUCACUACGCCAGGCAUAAAUAAUGACCAAUUUAAUGUAGAAGUUAUCCAGACGCUUUUUGAUGAUGCGCUGGUGUUGGUGAACGAUAUAAAUGGCUUUGUAGCACUCGAUUUUGCUGACUCAGUUACAGGAGCUCUUGGAAAUCUGGACAUGCAUUACAAGACAGAAUCCAUUGCUGAAAACGAUUCCAACAAGUCAGAAAGUUAUGAAAACCACCACUUCAUCAUGGACGAAUUUCUGAACAAAUUGAACGUUAAUACAAGCCCAUACGAAGAAAAUGGAACUGACCUGCUGCAGUCUUUCUUCAUUAAAGAUGACAUAGACUUGUCGAUAUCGAAUAGUGAACUCGUUCACAAAACAUUACAGCACUACGACUUGUCUGGACCUCAUAUCACCUACUUAAAUUCACUUACCAAAACCGACUUGUCGUACCAUAUGUUCCCGUUUGCAUCAUCUGUAGAAUCCAACGAAGUAAUUAAGAUUCUCUUGAGGUAUCUGAACGGUUGCCCCUACUUGUUAACUUCGUUGCUUGCCAUAUCUGCGACUUUCCAGUUCAACCAGACUGGGAAACAGGUGCACGACUACAGUAGGAACAAAUAUAUAAAAGUGUGCUUGAAGACUCUAGGCGAGGCUUUUGCCAACAGCGAUAGACUCCCCAACAAACUAGCCAACAACAUUGAGCGAUUGCUUCUCACUGUAUUAGUACUCACUUCGAACUUUACGGCUACAACUUACAGUCAGAAUGGUGAUUUGCUCAACUCUUGGAAAACACAUUUGCGAGGAGCCAAGGACUUGAUGCUCAAAUAUAGCCAGAUAGAGAAGAAUCAGAAAAUCGUGUGUAAUUCCGCAGGAUUGGCUCUAGCUAAGUCGUGGUUCUUUGCUAUCGAGUCAAUGGCAGGUUUGAAUUCAUCUUUGGGAGGGACAUUGACUCAGAAAUCAGGUGAGCUUCCGGAAGACUCUGAUGCCAAAGAUGACUGUAACAAUAGCUUGUUUUCUGCCACGGGAUACUACAACAGAGAAAGAAAUCCAAAAUACCACGAUGCUCUUGUUGAGAUCGGUUUGUUGACCGAGUCCCAGAAUAGAUCCCUGACUCCAUUCAACCUUUUCAUCGGAUAUUCGGUGCAAGUGAUAGCAUUAAUACAAGAAUUUAUUAAGGCCCUAGAUUUCUUGAGGGACAACCAUGGUGGGCAAUUGGAUUCUUCAAAAAUAGCCAAGAUUAUGUCAUUGAUCCAUGAAACAAGAAAGAAUGAAAUCGCCCCUCAGGUUUCCAAAAAAACUUAUAUCAUUCCUCCAACUAGUCCAGCACACCCCAACUACCCAAAGAACAGAGCUGAUGCUGUCGUAUUACCUCUGUCCGCUUAUGACCGACGCAUAAGUUCGUCAGGAGAAGAAACGGUGUAUUCUUGGUUUGAUCUCAGUGAACAAUUACAUGUAGACGUCUUGUAUCUACGAUUGUUAUGUACCAAAGGUUUGCUCAAGCUUCCAAGAUGUCACCGCCUCGUCAAAGAUCUUGUUUCCAAGAUAUUGAAAUCAACAUUCUUCAUCUCGCUGAAGGACUCAGAGGAGUAUAUAAAAGAUUCGCAAUCCAACGACAAUUUGGUUGAAACAGAACAUUUUUAUUUAUCAAAGAAAGCAUUUGACACUCGGACCAUCAUGAUUCAGUCUCCUCUCAAACUUUGUUCAAGGUUGGUAGACGAUGAAUUGGACUUUGAGAAAAUCGAGAUUUUCUUCCUUGGAUUAAUCAAACUAGGAAAUGGAAGUGCGUUGACUUCACUUGACUUACUCUACAAGUUUAGAGAA